CGCGGCGCAAGUUUGCCUGGGGAGCUCUGGCACAGCAGUUACAUACAGGUACCUGCUGAUCUCGUUACUUCGUACGCUCAAGCUCUCGCAGCCUUGCCAACAACUUCAUUCGAUACCAACGCAACUCAGCAACUGUUAUUUGUCUGGCCCCAACCAUCCGCACUCUCCGAAAAGAAAGAAGUCCUUUAAACCGUCUCAUAUACUCCCCGGGUAGACUGCUUCCUCGACAUGGCGGACCGGUACUCGUUCUCGUUGACGACAUUCUCGCCCAGUGGAAAGCUGGUGCAAAUUGAGUAUGCACUCAAUGCUGUCAACCAAGGCGUCACAGCCCUGGGUAUCAAAGCCACCAAUGGCAUUGUUUUGGCAACCGAGAAGAAGUCGUCGUCACCGCUGGCCGAUCAGAGCUCCCUUUCCAAGAUCAGUCUCGUAACCCCGAACAUCGGCAUGGUCUACUCGGGCAUGGGACCCGACUACCGAGUCCUGGUGGAUAAGGCACGCAAAGUAUCGCACACGGGCUACAAGCGCAUCUACAACGAGUACCCCCCGACUCGGAUAUUAGUGCAGGACGUUGCCCGCGUCAUGCAGGAGGCUACGCAGUCGGGAGGUGUCCGGCCGUACGGUGUCAGUCUGCUGAUCGCAGGCUGGGAUGAGGGGAUUCUCCCCGAGGAGGAACAAGAAGUCAAGGACGCGGACGCGGUCGAGGACGAGGAGAAGAAGAAGCCAACUGGCAAGACGGGUGGUACGUUGAAGGGCGGGCCGAUGUUGUACCAGGUUGAUCCGUCGGGCAGCUAUUUCCCCUGGAAGGCGACAGCCAUCGGCAAGAGCGCUACAUCGGCCAAGACGUUCCUGGAGAAGAGGUACACGGAGGGUUUGGAGCUGGAAGAUGCCGUGCAUAUUGCGCUGCUCACGCUCAAGGAGACUAUUGAGGGAGAGAUGACGGGGGACACCAUCGAGAUUGGUAUUGUCGGGCCUCCGGCAGACCAUCUCCUCGGUAUUGAGGGCGUGGAGGGCGCCCAGGGUCCGCGGUUCAGGAAGCUGAGUCCUCAGGAAAUUGAGGAUUACCUGACGAAUCUGUAGUAGGCUUCCUCGUUUGGCGAGGGCUUUUUCACCGCCGCAUGUCGUGUACCAUAUCUAGUUCAGAAGGCAUAGGCAUAGAGAGGGACUGGGCAGAGCACAAGCGCAAGUCCGAUGGUUCUUACAUCACAUGUCACAGACAAGAGUCCGGGCCUCGAGUCGCUUCGGUUGUUGUGGGAGAGAUGCGGUAACAGAAUACAACACGAAAGACAACAAACUCCAGCGGGCAGUCCGCUGACGGGGUGCAUUGGCAUAAAGGCGGGCUGUUCAUUCGUGACUGUGUAGAUGAGGGCCAGA